UGUCACAGUUACAAUUUACCAAGUGUAAGAAGCGGACGCAAACGCGCAAUACCGAAAGCUCGCUUGGCACGGCGCACAGCGCAUAACGGUUCUUCAGGAGUUGCCUUCUAACACACAAAGCGCAUACGCCGACGCUAACGUAACGUAAAAGCAAACGCAAACGCAAACGUCAGCGUCGACGUCAGCGUUGACGACUUGUAAAUAAAGAAAUACUCGCAUAUAAAAUCUGUUGCAUCAUUGCUGAAACACUUCAGUCGCUGAAUCGCGUGCGUGGAGGCAACACUUUCCGCGACAACAACAACAACAAUAACUGUAAACAACAACAACGUGAAAGAAGAAGUGCGCGCAGCUGCAGUGACAAAAAAAAAACAAAUAAAAGCGGCUUUAAGCGAAAAAUGCAUUAAACUGUUGUGAAAUAAAAAAUAUCGAAGAAAUAUUUAAAAACAAAUUCUAAGAAAAAAUGUGUUCUGAUUAAAUCGAAAUACAAUAUACAUAAAUGUGAAUAAGUGUCCUAAAAUCGACAUAAAAUGUAAAUCGCUGCAAACAUUUCCAAAGAACAGUUUACCUCAAAUCGCUUGGAAGGGCCUAGAAAAUGUUUUAGUGCCAGUCAGAGAAUAGUGAAAUAAAAAUAAAAAGAAGAAGAAGAGCAACCAAUAUUUGCUAAGAGGAAUUAUCCCCAAACCCCCCAAAAUUGACAAUUGGAGCUUUGCAAAGAAAGGCAUCAAAAUUUUACCCUCAUUCGCCCAACUCAAAAUGCUGAACAUGGAAUCGCCUCAGAUGUAUGCGGAUGCGGUGCAGACGCUAGCUCAGCUGGACCUGAAGAAGCAACCGCAGCCGCUGCCACAGCAGGCCACAAUUGGCCAGAUUACGCUGACGGCGAUGUCCAGUGCACAGCAGCAGCAACAGCAACAGCAGCAGCAGCAACAACAGCAGCAGCAGCAACAACAGCAACAGCAGCAGCAGCAGCAACAGGUGACAACUGAUGCGAACAACAAUGCAACAGUGCAAGAUGCGGCCUUGCUGGUGAAGCAGCAUGCCAUGCAGCAAAUGCAGCUCAACAACAACAGCAACAAUCUGCUGCAGAAGCAAAUGCUGCAGCAAUACAGCACACAGACGGACCUCGAUGAGCUGACCACCCAGGAGAUAACCCUCGACUUGCAGCACCUCAUCGACGAUCAGUUCAGGGAUACCGAGACCUUGGGCAUAUUCAGUGAUAUGGUGACCAGUCCGGGCGGACUCUCUGCCACACUGCCGCCAAGUGGCAUGGUAAGUGCAGCAGCCAAAGUGUUGCAGCAGCAGCAGCAGACGCUGGCCAAUGCUCGGCAGCAGCAACACUCGUAUGGCCGAGCUGCCUUGGCCUACAUGCCACAGGCGGUGCACUCGAAUGCCACGUACAACAAUCACUCGAGCGACGAGAACAGCUCGGUGGGCAGCGACUCGAGCAGCACCAUCAAGGAGGAGCCCAUCGAUCCGGACUAUCGCAGGCAUCUGCAGGAGUCGGUGAGCAGCCAGGCGGCGGCAGCGGCGUUCAUCAACAACAGCAACGGGCUGUAUAAUGCGUAUCAGAGCAACACGCUGAGCAACAACAGCAGCAACACCAGCAGCAACAACAGCAGCAGCAACAACAGCAGCAACAACAACAACAACAACAGCUCGAAUAACAAUUCGACACAGUUCACCAAUCUGACGACAGCCAAUGUGCUGGCCCAUCACAAUCUGCCGCACUUGACGGCGAACGCACAGCAACUGCUGAAGCACCACAGCAAGCUGCAACAGUCACAGCAACAGCAGCAACAGCACGCCCAGCAGCAGCAGCAUCGCAAGCACAACAACAAGCAUGUGGACAAGGGCACCGAGGAGUACCGCAGGCGGAGGGAGCGCAACAACAUCGCAGUGCGCAAGAGUCGCGAGAAGGCAAAGGUUCGCUCCAAGGAGGUGGAGGAGCGGGUGAAGUCGCUGCUGAAAGAGAAGGAUGCACUGCUGCGGCAGCUGAGCGAGAUGACCAACGAGUUGUCGCUGCACAAACAGAUCUACAUGCAGCUCAUGAAUCACACCAAUCCCGAAGUGAGUCGCGUCUGUCGGAGCUUCUUGAACACCAACGAGCAUGCGCUGUAGCAGCAGCUGUGAUUGACUGACGUCAGUGUGAAUGAGUGUGUGUGCGAGUGAAUGAGUGAGUGUGUGAGUGUGUGUGAGUGUAUGAGUGUGUGACUGAUUCAAGGGGGUAGCCUAAGCAUAAGGAUAAAAAGCAGAAUCGCUUGAAUCGCAUGAAUAAUGCUUGCAAACACGAGUGCACUAAAUAUACUAUAUACUAUAUUUAGUAUAUUUGAUUGAACUGUACCUGUUCUUGUGAUUUGCUAACUAUUUUGAGGCAGUUCAGGUUGUUUUCUGUUUUCUGUUUUCUUCUGACUAGCAUAAGCUUGAUUUGCUUACCCAAUUCCUUUCACUUUCCUCUUCUUGACUCUCUUCUACUACUUUCUUUUCUUUCGUCUUUGAUGCCUCGGGCAUUCCUUCUCUUUUGUACAUUUUUUUUUUGUUGGCUGGGCGUUUCUUAAACUAUUUUCCAUAUUUUGUUCUAUUUUGUACUUAAUUCUAGUGUAUUGUAAAUUAAUUUUGCACAUUUUGAUACAAAUUAUAUAAUUUAGUAGGCAUAAGUUAAGCCAAAGAAAAAUAAAAAUGUUAAUUAAAUAUAUAUAUAUAUAUCUACAUACAUAUAUAUCUAUGUACUAUAUGUGUAUAAAUGAAUAAUGCAAGCAGGAAAGAAAACAUAAAAUACAAAGCAAAAACAAAAACAAAAAAAAAAAGAAUAAAACAAAAACACAAAAACUAUUUAUGUAAAUCUAUUUAAAUAC